AUGGCUACACCAACCCACGCUCAGUCUUCCCUUCCUGCCCUGCCGGCACAUCUUCAGAACGACACACAUCUUGCGGCCCAUCUUGCUAGCAGAUUCCAUGUUUCCUUACCUACUGCACGGCUCUCCGCCCAGGCGUUGAUAUGUCUAAACACGUAUACCUCGUCCACGAAAGGGCCAGAUGGCGGAAAGGAAGGUAGUGCUAUGGGAGAGGCGGAGGAUCUGGCAAGACGAGCAUGGACUAGACUUGGCUCGCGGGGUGAAAACCAGGCCAUCGUCUUCUUGGGUGAAUCCGGAUCUGGGAAAACCACCAUUCGCUCACACCUUCUCUCUUCCAUCCUCUCGUUUUCGUCGACUCCUCUAUCAACGAAACUCUCUCUGGCCGCAUUUGUUUUCGAUACUCUCACUACCACCAAAUCAGUCACCACGCCUACUGCCUCAAAGGCUGGUCUUUAUUUCGAAUUACAGUACGAUGGAUCGUCCACCAUCAACCCUACCCUCAUUGGUGGAAAGGUUCUCGACCAUCGAUUGGAGAGAAGCCGUAUCGCUUCCGUUCCCACUGGUGAACGUUCAUUCCACGUUUUGUAUUACCUCUUAGCAGGUACCAGCGCAGCCGAACGAUCACAUCUAGGAUUGGAAAGUCCUACUGGUAUCCGAGGCGGCGCCGGCAAUCGCUCUUCUGCGAGUGAAAUGCACAAGAGAUGGCGUUACCUAGGCCAUCCAACCCAGAUGAAAGUCGGGAUUAAUGACUCUGAAGGUUUCCAGCACUUCAAAACCGCCCUUCGAAAGUUGGAAUUCCCACGCAGCGAUAUUGCCGAAAUUUGCCAGAUGCUGGCUUGUAUUUUGCACAUCGGACAACUCGAAUUCGUAACCGGCCAGUCAACCAGAACAGCACCUGAAGAGAGCGGUGGUUAUUCGCACGAGGGUGGUGAGACUGUCACCAUUGUUAAGAAUAAGGAAACCCUCGCUGUUGUAGCUGCGUUCCUUGGAUUGAGCACCGAUGAUUUGGAGGUUGGCCUUGGAAACAAAACGAAGACCAUCCAUCGCGAGCGAGUCACCGUAAUGCUGGACCCAGCUGGUGCUCGAGCAAACGCUGAUGAAUUCGCACGCACUCUCUAUGCCCUCCUGGUUGCAUAUGUGAUUGAAAACAUAAACCAGAAGGUCUGUGCUGCAGAAGCUGCCGUUGCCAACACUAUCUCCAUUGUCGACUUCCCUGGUUUCGCCCAGACCUCCUCGACAGGUUCAACCCUUGAUCAGCUCUUGAACAAUGCCGCAACUGAAUCUCUUUACCACUACUGCCUACAGAACUUCUUCGAGCGUCAAGCAACAAUGCUAGAAACCGAAGAGGUCAGUGUUCCGGCUACGAGCUACUUCGAUAACUCGGAUGCUGUCAGAGGCUUGCUGAAACAUGGUAAUGGUCUGCUGUCUAUUCUUGAUGACCAAACUAAGCGAGGAAGGACGGAUAUGCAAAUGUUGGAAAGCAUGAGAAAGAGGUUUGAUAACAAGAACUCUGCAAUUGUUGUGAGCAGCUCAACUGCUAUCCUGCCUGGAAGUAACUUCCCCACGCAGAAUACAGCUGCAUGUUUCACCGUCAAGCACUUUGCAGGAGAGGUCGAGUAUCCUGUCAAAGGCCUUAUCGAAGAGAAUGGCGAUCUUGUUUCCGGCGAUUUGCUCAACCUUAUCAACAACACCCGAAGUGGAUUUGUACGUGACCUCUUCGGACAAGAAGCCCUGCAAACCAUCCAUCAUCCAAAAGAGAAGUCUGCAAUCAUGCAAGCCCAAGUCAGCUCAAAACCACUACGUAUGCCUAGCAUGGCUCGCCGCAAGAUGAGCAAGAUGUCGAAAUUUGCCCCCAAUCCUGCAAGUUCGGAGAAUGACGAUACCGAUGAUGCAAGCAGUGGCAGGAGGGGUGCAUCCAACAAUAAGAAGGGAGACAUCGGUGGCUUGAAGCAAGGAGCUGCAGCUCAGUUCCUAGCCUCCCUUGACAAUAUCACCAAGUCUCUGUCUGCCACGAAUGUCAACCCGUAUAUUGUCUUCUGUCUGAAACCAAAUGACCGCCGCAUUGCCAAUCAGUUUGAUAGUAAAUGUGUGCGCACUCAGGUGCAGAUGUUUGGUAUUGCAGAAAUCAGCCAACGCCUGCGCAAUGCAGACUUCUCUGUGUUCUUACCCUUCGCCGAAUUCCUGGGCCUUGCGGAAGAGGAAUCGGUCAUCGUUGGAAGUGACAAGGAGAAAUCUCAACUUGUCAUUGAUGAGAAACGCUGGCCUGGCAAUGAAGCUCGCGUCGGCAGUACCGGUGUUUUCUUGAGUGAAAGAUGCUGGGCUGACGUUGCUAAGGUUGGGGAGAGAGUGCUUCCCGCCUUCAAUGGAAACGCUACCGACGAUGGAAAUGGUUUAGGCAAUAAUGGAUACGGUGAUUCCAAGGUCCGACUCCUCACUCCAGCAGAUAGCACCCCUGGAGCUUACAUCUACGGAGAUGAGACCAAGGGAGGAUAUUUCACUGGCCGAGACGCAGAUGCCCGUUCUGACGCUGGUGCAUCAGCGUUCAACUCGGGAGAUAUGUUCAAGAACUUGGAAACCCGAGAACAAAUGGCAGAAAAAGGAAACGAGAAACAAAUGGUUGAGGUAGAAGACGUCAUUGUUUCCGGCAGCCGUAAACGAUGGCUGUUCGUAGUCUACCUCCUCACCUGGUUUAUCCCCGACUUCCUCAUCAAGUUCGUCGGCCGAAUGAAGCGAAAGGAUAUUCGAGUCGCUUGGCGAGAAAAACUUGCCAUCAAUAUGCUUAUUUGGUUCACUUGUGGUUUUGCUAUCUUCUUCGUCAUCUUCUUCCCAGGCCUUAUCUGCCCACCACAGCACGUUUUCUCAGCGGCGGAGUUGACCACGCAUAACGGAGACCCUGGCCAUGAUGCCUUCGUUGCCAUCCGUGGUGAAGUCUUUGAUCUCGGCGAAUACAUAAAAACCCAUUACCCCAGCAUUGUUCCUCGCAAGGAUAUGCUGAAGUAUGCUGGCACUGAUGCAAGUGAUCUAUUCCCAGUACAAGUUUCUGCCCUCUGCGAUGGUGUAGAUGGAAAGAUCGACGACGCCGUUCAACUUGACUAUACUCCGACCAACCGCACCGGCUCAGCCUCCGUGAUUAGCAAAACAGACACCAACUCCCAAUACCAUGACUUCCGAGCUUUCCACAAAGAUUCGCGACCAUGGUGGUAUUUCAAACAGAUGAAGAUGUUGCGCCAAAACUUCGCCAAAGGCCGUAUUGGCUAUACUCCGAAACUGUUGGCAGAAAUGGCCGAUAAGUCACAAUAUGUUGCCUUCAUUAAUCAUAAAGUGUACGAUGUAACGACCUAUGUCACCGGUGGCCGGGUGGUCAAAACCAAAGAUGGGGAACCCCAACCAAAGGACGUCAAUACCGACUUCAUGCACCCAGAUGUCAUUGGCCUAUUCCAACUCUACGCAGGACAAGACAUUACAAAACGUUUCCAAGAGCUCAAGAUCGGCAAUGAUAUGCGCAGGACGAUGCAGAUUUGUCUCGAUAACUUGUACCUUGCCGGUGAAGUGGACAUCCGAACUUCGCCUCGAUGCUUGUUCUCCCAAUAUUUCAUUCUUGCUAUUUCCAUAUUGCUAGCGACUAUCAUUGGAUUCAAAUUCUUGGCUGCCCUGCAAUUCGGAAAGAAGAAUGUCCCUGAGAAUAUCGACAAAUUUAUCAUCUGCCAAGUUCCCGCUUAUACAGAAGAUGAAGAAUCUCUACGUCGUGCGAUUGAUUCCAUGGCCCGCAUGAAAUAUGAUGAUAAACGCAAGCUGAUCCUCGUUGUUUGUGACGGUAUGAUUAUUGGACAAGGAAAUGACAGACCAACGCCUCGAAUUGUUCUUGAUAUCUUUGGAGUUCCUGAGAACGUGGACCCAGAGCCACUAAGCUUUGAGAGUUUAGGAGAGGGAAUGAGACAGCACAACAUGGGCAAGGUAUACUCUGGUUUGUACGAAGUGCAAGGCCACAUCGUUCCGUUCUUGGUUGUUGUGAAGGUUGGAAAACCAUCCGAGGUAUCGAAGCCUGGUAACCGUGGAAAGCGUGACUCUCAGAUGGUUGUUAUGCGUUUCUUGAACCGUGUUCAUUACAAUGCUCCUCUCAGCCCUCUUGAACUUGAAAUGCACCAUCAAAUCCGCAACAUCAUUGGAGUCAACCCAACGUUCUACGAGUUUAUCCUACAGGUCGAUGCCGAUACGACAGUAGCAUCGGACUCUGCGACUCGAAUGGUGGCUGCAUUCCUUCAUGAUACACGUGUUAUUGCCCUUUGCGGAGAGACUGGUCUUAACAACGCCAAAUCGUCAAUGAUCACCAUGAUUCAGGUUUACGAAUAUUAUAUUUCUCAUAACCUCACAAAGGCCUUCGAGAGUUUGUUCGGUUCCGUUACUUGUUUGCCCGGUUGUUUCACCAUGUACCGAAUUCGAGCUGCCGAUACUGGUAAACCCCUCUUCGUUAGCAAGGAAGUUGUUGACGCAUACGGUGAAAUUCGUGUGGACACCCUCCAUAUGAAGAACUUGCUUCACCUUGGUGAGGAUCGUUACUUGACUACCCUGCUCUUGAAGCAUCAUUCUAAGUACAAGACUAAGUUCACUUUCAACGCCCACGCCUGGACCAUUGCACCCGAUACCUGGGCCGUCUUCAUGUCUCAACGUCGUCGAUGGAUCAAUUCCACUGUUCACAACUUGAUGGAGCUUAUCCCACUUCAACAGCUUUGCGGUUUCUGCUGCUUCAGUAUGAGAUUCAUUGUCUUCAUUGAUCUUCUCAGUACCAUCAUUCAGCCAGUUGCCGUUGCAUAUAUCGUCUAUCUUAUUGUGCUCAUUGCGUUGAACAAUGGAAUUGUUCCCUGGACCGCCCUCAUUCUUCUCGCAGCCAUUUAUGGUCUUCAGGCAAUUAUCUUCAUUGUCCGCAAGAAAUGGGAAAUGGUAGGCUGGAUGAUCAUCUACAUUCUCGCAAUGCCUGUGUUCUCCAUGGGUCUCCCACUCUAUGCUUUCUGGCACAUGGACGAUUUCAGUUGGGGUAACACUCGUAUCGUCACUGGUGAGAAGGGUCGCAAGGUGGUUAUCUCCGACGAAGGCAAAUUCGAUCCUGCAUCAAUCCCCAAGAAGAAGUGGGAAGAAUACCAAUCCGAGCUAUGGGAAGCUCAGACUCACGGUGGUGGUGACGACCGAUCUGAGGUUUCUGGCUAUUCGUAUGCCACCAAAUCGCACUACCCAGCUACCACUGAGUAUGGAUACUCUGCUUCACGGCCUGUGUCUCAGAUAGAUCUCAAUCGCUACAGUUCUCGACUCUCCAUGUCUGCCUCAGAGCUACUUGGCCGAGGCUCUGACGUCGAAAUGGCAGAUCUCUCAGCCCUGCCAAAUGACGACUCUCUGCUCGCUGAGAUCAGAGACAUUCUCCGCACCGCAGAUUUGAUGACCGUGACGAAAAAGAGUGUCAAACUCGAGUUAGAGCGUAGGUUUAACGUCAACCUAGAUGCAAAGCGGGCGUACAUUAAUUCUGCUACUGAAGCAGUUCUUUCGGGUCAACUUUAA